AUGGCUCCUCCUAGUGUUCUCAUGGUCGGCACUGGAGAGUACACCACUGGCUUUGUCGGCGGUGGUGCCUCUGGCUCAGACAAGAAAGUCGGCGUCGUCGGUCUGACGCUAUUCGAUCUUCGACGACGAGGCAAGGUGGGAAAAUUGAGCAUGGCAGGUGUAUCGGGCCGAAAAUUUCCUGCCAUCAAACAACAUCUCCAGAAAAACAUCUCCGAUGUAUACAACAGUCUCGACGUCUCCUUCCAGUCCUUCCCCGCCGAUGACCAGACCGAUCCAGAAGCUUACAAGGCCGCCAUUGACGCGCUCGAGCCAGGGUCCGCCAUCACCAUUUUCACGCCUGACACCACUCACUACACCAUUGCUCUAUACGCCAUCCAGCGCAAGAUCCACGUGCUCAUCACCAAGCCCGCCACCAAGUUCCUCCAGGACCAUCUCGACCUGCUCUCCGAAUCCAGGAAACACGGCGUAUUCGUCUUUAUCGAGCACCACAAACGCUUCGACCCGGCGUAUGCGGAUGCGCGGGCCAAGGCACGCAGUCUCGGCGACUUUAAUUAUUUCUACAGCUAUAUGAGUCAGCCGAAAUUCCAAUUGGAGACGUUCAAAGCCUGGGCGGGGAAGGAUAGUGAUAUCUCGUAUUAUCUUAAUUCGCAUCACGUUGAUAUCUGUGAGAGUAUGGUGCCGGAGUAUACCCCCGUCAAGGUCACCGCGUCGGCUAGUACCGGCACCGCAUGGGACUUGGGCUGUGUCCCUGAGACGGAAGAUACGAUUACGCUGCUUGUAGACUGGAGAAAGAAGUCGGAUCCUUCGAGAGUUGCGACGGGGGUGUAUACUGCUAGUUGGACUGCGCCGCAGAAGGCCGGCGUACAUUCUAACCAGUACUUCCACUAUAUGGGCUCUCAAGGCGAAAUCCGCAUCAACCAGGCCAAACGCGGCUACGACGUGGCCGAUGACAACCAGGGUCACCUGGUGUGGUAUAACCCAUUUUACAUGCGCUACUCCCCCGACGAAGAGGGCAACUUUGGAGGCCAAACGGGUUACGGAUACAUCAGCUUCGAGAAAUUCAUUGACGCGGUGACGGCACUGAACGAGGGACGUGUCACGCUCGACGAACUCGACAAGAGAGGGCUGCCGACGCUAAAAAACACGAUUGCGACAACGGCGAUCUUGCACGCGGGCAGACUGUCGUUGGACGAGAAGAGGUCGGUGGAGAUUGUUAGUGAUGCGAGUGGGACAUUGGCGUUGAAGUGA